GCAUAAUCUUCAGCGAUAAUAACCAGAAUUUUCGAGAAAAAAAAAAAAAGAAAAUCAAGAACUUGGGGGUUUUCUCUCAGAUUCGUGAAAAUCUCGAAAGAGGAAUACGAUUUCAGCCGUAGUUCGAUUCCCUUAAGAUCAAACCCUAAAUCUAAUAUUCUCCCUUCCGAAUAUAUUUCAGAGAAAAAAAAAAGGAAUUUAGGGUUUCGGUCUCUCUUUACCGGUGCCGGUUUUCGCGAUCGGCGAUACUACCUUAUUCUUGACAGUUCGUUAGAAAUCGUAACGAUUUAUAGCCCGAACCGUUAGGCCUAGGGUUUCGUUAAGAUGAACGACCAAUCGCAGAUGAUUAUGAAUUUGAACCAGAUGAACCAACCUCAGGUUAUGAAUCAGGUGAAGCCUCAGAUGCUCUCGCACAAUCAGCAAGCGCAGCAGCCUCAAAUGAAGACAUCGCAGAUUAUGAUGAACCAUUCUCAGCCUCAGCCUCCGAUGAUGAAUCGUGGAUACAACAAGGUUUGGUCUCAGCAUCCUCCUCUGGACCCUAACAUGAAGUUUCAGAACCCUAUGAAACCGAACUACUGGAGUAACUGGAAGGGGAAGAAGGUAACUGACAAACGCAAGGACCCUAGAAGAAUGGAAAAACCCAUUCCAAGUGGAAUCGCUACUCUUAGUAUUUCCAACAGCGGUGUCGUCGGUUACCAGCCCCCAACGCUGCACGAGUUGCAAUCGCAAAAUCGCUUAAAAGCGCGUAAGUUCUAUCCUAAGAAGAAGUUUAAUAAUAGAUUCGCUCCUUAUGCCCCUAGGAAUACGACGUCGUUUAUUAUUCGUGCCAAGAAGUCCGGUGGCAUAGCAUCGCUUGUGUCGCCUUGUCCUGUGACCCCCGCAGUGCUGCCUACGCCUAUAUUGUCGCCGUCAAGGGAGGUGUUAGGGGAUAUGGCUAAGGAGGAGUGGGGUGUUGAUGGAUAUGGAUCGAUGAAGGGUUUGAUUAGGCUUCGAUCGCCGGGUAAUGAAGCUGAUGUUCAUGAUUAUGAGGAUGAAGAGGACGGUGGGUCCAGUGAGAGUGAUGUAGAGGAACAUGUGGAGGUGGAGAGGAGGCUGGAUCAUGAUUUGAGUCGGUUCGAGAUGAUAUACCCGAAUUAUGGAGGUGAGUAUAAUAAUGUGUUAGAGAAUAGGGUUGAUGAUCAGGAUUCCCAUAUAGCUCAAUUGGAGGAAGAGAAUUUGACUUUGAAGGAGCGCCUUUUCCUGAUGGAGAGAGAGUUGGGCGAUCUGCGAAGGAGGUUGCUGUUUCUUGAGAGGCAGAAUCAAGCUGUGGAGGAUGUGAACGAGGAAGUUGUGGAGAAUGGAUCUGAUAAUGAGAGUGAGGGUGGAUCGGAUGUUCCAGUUCUGGGAAUUGAGAACAAUGUUGAGAUGGCUGACUCGCUGCCGGAAAGUGGGAGAGUUGGAAAUGUUGAGGCUGGUGCUAAGUUGGAUAAUGAUGGCGUAUUGGAGGCUGAAGGUGUAGAUGAUAUUUUUAUGGAAGGGUCUGUUCCAAAUGAGGCUAUUGCGAAGAAGGAUGAGAUCAGAGGUCAUGAAAUGGGGGAUGAUUGUGUGUUUGAUGAAGUGAAGGAGAAGGAUGAGCAGCAGGAUGAAGUAGUGACACAACAGUGUUUGACAGAUAAUUUUUUUGCAAAAGAUAAUGAUGUUAUGGAUAACAAAGAGAGUGAUGAUUUUGAAAUGCUGAACAGAAAUGAAGAAUCAACAAGUCAAGGAGCAACAGAUGAAAACACAAAUGACUUGGUCUUAAAUGAGAAGGAUGGAAGCAAGAAUCAAGUAGUUGGGACAAGCUUAGAGACCACUUCCGGAGAUGAUAAUUUGUCUGUCCCAUGUUAGCAACUUAAGUUGUUCAUCUGAAUAGACUUUUGAGGGGAAGGCUAGAGUAAAAUUAAUUCUACAACUUUUUAAUACAUAAAUGUUGGUAAUUUGUAGAUCGUAUGUUAGUGGUUUACUUUUAUUUUGUGGCUAUAUAUUUUUUUAAUUUGUAUGUUUUGGUAAUAUGAAAGAUUGGGGAGGACUAGUGGUUUUGUUCUUCGUUGUCAUAUCUCAUGUACAUUAAUGAGGGCCAUAAUGGCUAGGACCUUAUUUUCCUUCGUUUUCUUUUUCCUUUCUGGGGUAGAGUUUGGUUGGGUAGGUCUUUCAAAAAAUAGUAAGAGAGAUCCUUAGGUUUGCAGGUUCAUUUGUGUACAAGGGAUUUAAGUGUAUGCCAAAGUGUUAUCCUAAUUAGCAUGUAAAGAACCUGUGAAUUUGUGAGGAGAACUAAUGACACUAUGUACUGAAGCUACUUUUAGUUAAUUUCAUGCAUCAAUUGAUUUUGUAUAUUUUAUUGGUUGUUUCUGUUGAUUAUUUAUCCUCCCUUCUCUUAAUGAGUGUCUUUUUUUAAUUAAAAAGUUAUUUGUGAUGCUCACUGUUUACCAUAAUGAACUUCAUCAGACAAUGCUGAAUAGAAUCAAUCCUUUUUAACGAGGAAAGCUUUUCAUAAAGGACCAAUUAUAGUUUUUUCUUCCAAUAUACUACUACUAUCAUUCACUUACAUGUAAUGCUAGGUUCUUGAAAUAUUCUUAUUUACAAGUUGUGUAAGUCACAUUUAGCUUGAUUGAUUUUUGGAUAGAUUCUGAUUAUGCAUGAGUUUCUCUUUCACAUGUAAGUGAAUGAUUGCUUUAACAUAAUGUUUGGUGGCUUUGGACUCCAAGUUUGAUAGAAAGCAGUAUUUCUGCCAGAUUUAACUACGAUGGGAUAUCUGGUUUCACAAAUGUGCCAAUUGCUACUGUGUUGGAUAUUCCCGAGGAAUUAGAUGGAUGAUGCAGGGGUUCGAUAUUAUUGUGAGGGUUGGCUCAGAAAAGGAUGCAGGGAUGCUAUUUUAGAAAGAGAAAAUGGAAGUGUUUUUGCUGAUACUAUUUGCUGCUAGGCUAUACAAGUCAAAAGGUGUAAAAUAUGCCUGUGACAAACAGUUUCGUAAAUCUUGUAGUUACGUGGUAUUAAGAGUUUGUAGUGCAUCUCAAAAAGACAGGGCAAUAUAAAGUUAGGAAUUGGCGUGGAAUACGUAAUAGCUGCUGCUUCAUCUUGUCCGCAGACACUAUUCAUGCCUGCAGGCUCUGCACAACUGCACUUGGUGUCUUAGCAAAACCAAAAGAAUUGUUUGCUGAGAUCAUUGGUCUUUUCUUAAUUUUGUGCCUCAACGAGUUCAAUGUGACUUGGUAUUAUUCAGUCAUGUGUCCAGGAAUUGCUUGUAUGGUGAAGGAGCCGAUUUCGUGAUUUCAGUCUUUUCUUUGUCUUAUUAGCUACUCUUUCAGCAUGUUACGUAGCAAGUAUCACUUAAAUUGAAUGCUUGACCUGUGACUUUCAUGCUGUUGAUCAUGUUAAUGGUGUUUUUCUUUUCUUUCU